AUGACGCAUUUCCUUGUCUUUGCUUCCUUCUGCUACGCAACACUAACACUGGUGUCCUCCCGGCAGGUGUUGGGCGAGGAGGGGCGCAUCAUCACCAGCCCGAAUUAUCCAGACAAUUAUCCCAACCGAGAAGAAUGUGCCGUGAGGAUUGUCGCCGAGAACAGGGAAUGCACGCUGGAGAUUGACUGCCAUGACUUCCACGUGCAGGACUCAGAGGAUUGCAGAAAAGACUACCUGAUGAUUAAGGAGAAUAAGUGGACGAAGGAGAAAUUCUGCGGUGACGAGGGAUUUAUUUACGAGAGUAGCAAAAGAGCCGUAACACUCAAGUUCAAAUCCAACCGGCGGGUAACGGACGAAGGAUUCUCCUGCUUAGCUCGCUCCGUAUGUCCAACCACCACCACCACCACCACCGAGACCACGCCCACCACCACCACCACCACCACGAUCAUCAGGAGUAGCACAGGAUCGUGUCAGUGCGGUGUUGCCAAUCUAGCGAGGAUCGUGGGCGGGGAGGAGGUAGAUCCUGCCCACAAGUACCCAUGGCAUGUGGGAAUAAAGUAUGUAUGGAACAGUAAUUACUGGUGCGGCGGCUCCAUCAUUAACAACCUGUAUAUCCUAACAGCCGCCCACUGUGUUGACGACAUAAUAUCUGUACAAGGGCUGGUGGUGGCCGUGGCUGACCACGACAUGACGUCCACCGACGAUGUCACCCAACUGGUACCCGUUCAGGAGACUAUCGUUCAUCCUGACUAUAAUCUCAACACCCUUGACAGUGAUAUCGCGCUGCUCAAGCUGUCAGAACCACUGGACCUGACUCAAGUCGAGCACAUUCGCCCCGUGUGUUUGCCCGCCGAUGACUCCAACACCUAUGCCGGCGAAGAUGCCACAGCGACAGGCUGGGGCACACUUCAGUCCGGGGGAAGUCAACCAGCAAUAAUACUACAGGAAGUCACAGUGCCUAUUCUGGAUCCCUCCUGCCCGGGACACAAACCGAGUCAUAUCACUGAAAACAUGCUGUGUGCUGGCCUUGAAGAAGGUGGCAAGGACACCUGCCAGGGCGACUCGGGCGGUCCGCUUACCGUGCAAAAUGACUCUUCCAAGUAUGAGCAAAUUGGCAUCACCUCCUGGGGCUUUGGAUGUGCCGACCCUGGCAGCCCCGGUGUGUACACCAGGGUGAGCAACUUCCUUGAGUGGAUAGAGGAGAACACUACUGACGCCACCUACUGCCAGUAGUGGUGCCAACACUGCUGACGCCACCUACUGCCAGUAGUGGUGCCAACACUGCUGACGCCACCUACUGCCAGUAGUGGUGCCAACACUGCUGACGCCACCUACUGCCAGUAGUGGUGCCAACACUGCUGACGCCACCUACUGCCAGUAGUGGUGCCAACACUGCUGACGCCACCUACUGCCAGUAGUGGUGCCAACACUGCUGACGCCACCUACUGCCAGUAGUGGUGCCAACACUGCUGACGCCACCUACUGCCAGUAGUGGUGCCAACAUUGCUGACGCCACCUACUGCCAGUAGUGGUGCCAACACUGCUGACGCCACCUACUGCCAGUAGUGGUGUCAACACUGCUGACGCCACAUUUUCGGUAGUGGUGCCAACACUGCUGACGG